AUAUUGCGUGGUUUUUUUCCUAUUGAUUGCUAAAUUAUUUGACUGCUUCUGUUUAUCAAAUUCUCAUGAACACUACUGCCAUUUUUCAGGGUCUUUUGAAUAACUACUACUCAUAGUCUAAAAAGUGCAUGGCCCCGGUAUUCUUCAAAAUCAUAAAAGUCUUGUCGGCUAGACAUUGAGUCAUCACUUGCUAUUUCACCUGUUCAUUGUCUAAACAAUUUUUGCGUGAUAUUUUAAUAUUUCUUGAAGAUUUUCUCUUAUUUACAUUGUCAGUAUGGAGCUGGGAACAUCCCUAGAGAAGCGCAAAGUGCCAAACAUGCUAAAAAGAAUUCUACAAUAUGAUGUCCAACUUACAAAGAAAUUUGUUGAUUUAGCUCUUAGGACUACUACACUAAAAUCCCUUCGGAAUCAUGCAAAAUUAUUUGAGGUAUCAUGCCAUGGAAUAGUGUGGCUGGCAUGUUGGCUCAGUUUCAUAUGGCUGUUUAAUAACAAAGAGUUGUAUCAAUUGCAAGUAAAUAUGUUUAUUGCACUCAUCCUCGACAUAGUAGUAAUAGCAGUAAUCAAGGCAUUUGUAAGAAGACGAAGGCCUGUGCCCAUGAACAAGCUGAUGGAGCUUGGCCCUGAUAAGUUUUCUUUCCCAUCAGGUCACACCAGCAGAGCUGUACUAGUCGCGUUCAUAUUGAUUUGUUUGAAUCCAAUCUCAAUAAUAUUCUAUCCUCCCCUACUGGCCUGGGUUACGGCAGUGUCCAUAUCAAGAGUAUUACAGGAACGUCACUAUUUACUGGAUGUGGUUUGUGGAGCUGGUGUGGGUCUACUGGAAGGUCUUUUCAUGGCACUUAUAUGGUUUUCACAAAGUGCAUCAGCGAGUAUAUUAUCGUCAUUGUCUGAUGAAAAAUUGGAUGGUGGGGAGUACCAUGUCUAAUUUACUUGCAAUCUUUUAAACGGCAUUAUAAAUGCUAUACCAGGGUUGCCAUGUGGAAAAUAACAAACAUUUUACAAGAAAUUUAAUAGAUUCUAGUAUCUAGCCUUAGGAGCUUAAUACUAUAGAUUAGUUUAUAAUACUUCAUAUAAAAACAUUUGAUAAGGCUUCAACCUAAUCAUUACCGUAAGUUAACAUUACUUUUUUAUCUAUGUACUCUCGUAUCUCAUAGCUUUUUAUGAAAGUGAACACAGAGUGCAUCAGAACUACCAAUACCUGGUUGUAUCCUAUAAAUAAUUUAUUCAUUACAAAAAAUAUUAAAGUUCUUUUAAAAUCAACUCAUAUAUUGUAAAACGCCCUAGUCGAUCGCCAUCAUUUUAAGAGUACAAAAUCUGGACUAAUGGCAACCCUAAGUUAUAAGUUUAGUAACUUAUGAUCGUUAAUGAAUUGAAUGAAAAGAGUAUUAAAAUACAUAAAAUAUUGAAUGAUGUUAA